AUGAACCCCACCACUGCUCUCAUCCUCCUCGUCACCCUGACUGCGACAACACCUUCCUCGUUGAGCCACUGCACUGGACUACAAACAGACUACCAUUUCCUCGACUAUCACAAGGUCGAAACGGGAGGGAAGUCCAACCCGGACCGAAUGGGGGACUUUGAGUUCUGCCUUCCAGAAUCUCGAACUCUACUGCGUCAUUCCCUGGUACCCCGGCUCACCGACAGCGCAUACUGGGAACUCUUCAUCCGAGAUAAAGACUUACGUCGCAUCGGGUCAGCUGCCCUCACACUUGAUCACUCCUUUUACCGGCUGAAAUGUUAUAAUGGAACUUACCUACUCUAUAACAACGGAGAAGUCACACGCAGCCCUAACUGGACCGAGGCCGAACUGGGAACGGCCUCCCACGUAUACACAGACCCCAAUCACCCCUCCGAGAACUUGAUCUUUGGGUUCCAGUGCCUCCUCACGACCCCAAAACCCCACAAGCCCCAACUCCAAGGACUUUGCCUCAGACGAUUCUGCUGCCUUUGGAACUUGGGAGUCACCCGUGAUUGGAAGGGAGCCGACUACCUAGAAGGGUGGCACCAUCCCAUACACCCCUCACGCUCUCCUUCAUGGGACAACGUUGGGCCUCUGAGGUGCGGCGGCAUUGCCCGGGAUAGGCGGCUCCUAAAUACCUCUGACCCACUCCACCCAUUUGGCACUGCACCUCGACGACUAGGCCCUGCACCUGCCCUCCCAGGAGAAGACCUUCUUUCCUCCUGGGAACAGAACUCCUACAUCAAACUUCUCAGCCAGGUCGCUAAAGAAGCACCAUACCCCGAUUGCUGGAUUUGCGCUCAUGCUCCCAGCCACCUUCAACAGAGUCUACCCCUGGUCCCGGUGCCAGUGACCUUAGAACAAUUUCGCUCCGGAGAUGUCGUCUCCUGGAACCUAACUGCAUUAAAUCUAACACACCAAUAUCUGUACCUCACCGGCCCCACGAAAGGACCCCUUUGCCGCAGUUUCACUGGAGAGGAACCUUCAUCGGAUCCAGUACCUGCAAUACUGACUUAG